ACUGUCAAGUGUCAGUGUUUGUUUUCGGCAUUUAUUUUUCUUGUGUACUCAUCAUAUUUAACUGCCUUCGAAUAAUUUAUUUCUCAUUUGAAAGCUUUUCAAUAUUAUGAUACAUAAUGGACGCUGUAUUUGAUAUAUGUUAUUUAGCAACAGAUGGUAACAACAUUGAGCCUGAUGAUAUUCCUAAGACAAAGGAUUACGUUUGGGUAUUGGGUAAAAAAUAUAGUGCUAUUCAAGACUUGGAUCGUAUCAGACGGGACAUAACAUCCAUAAUAUGGUGUACUUAUCGAAAAGGGUUUGUACCUAUAGGAGACGAAGGACUAACAUCUGAUAAAGGUUGGGGUUGCAUGUUGCGCUGCGGACAGAUGGUCCUUGGAGUAGCCCUGGUCAGAAUACACUUAGCUUCAGAUUGGGUAUGGACCCCAGAAACAAGGGAUCCUACUUAUCUGAAAAUAGUUCAAAGAUUUGAAGAAAGAAAACAAGCUCCAUACUCAAUCCACCAAGUGGCACUGAUGGGGGCAUCCGAGGGCAAAGAAGUUGGUCAGUGGUUUGGCCCAAACACUGUAGCACAAGUUCUGAAGAAAUUGGUGGUGUAUGACAAAUGGAGCUCACUUGUGAUACAUGUGGCUUUAGAUAAUACUGUUGUUACUGAAGACAUAUUACAACAAUGUGUAGUCAAGAAUGACAGAGGGGACUGCUCGAGCUCUCCUGACAGUGUAGUUACCGACUGGAUGCCUUUGUUAUUGAUUGUGCCUCUGAGACUCGGCCUCAGUGAAAUAAACCCAGUUUACAUUGAAGGACUGAAGAUAUGCUUCCAUUCACCACAGUCUAUUGGUGUGAUAGGGGGCAAACCCAACCAAGCUCUGUACCUAAUAGGAUGUGUGGCAGAUGAAGUCAUAUACUUAGAUCCACACACUACCCAGCGCUCAGGACUGGUUGAAACCAAAAUUACUGAUGACCAAAAAGAGAUGGACUGCUCAUAUCACUGCAAAUAUGCAUCGCGUAUCCCAAUGCUGACGAUGGACCCUUCAGUGGCUGUGUGUUUCCUGUGCCGAACUAGAAGUGACUUUGAUGAAUUGUGUGCCACAAUACAGCAAAAGCUGAUGACGGAGACUCAACCCCUUUUCGAAAUAUGUGAGAAGAGGCCAUCACACUGGGGCCCCAGUACUGCUGAUAUAGAUUUACAAAACACAAACCUAUUUACAGAAUUUGAAGAUGUGGACCGUCAAUUUGAUGAUUCAGAUGAAGAAUUUGAAAUUCUAUGAGAAGAUUGAGAUGAGUCUGACAUACAUGUAGAAGAAUACUUGGAGUUUAACAAGAAUAAAAUCACAAGGACUUGAUAUUACUAUGGUAGAGUAAUAAUAGGCUAGUUAUAUUGUCGCCAUCUAGCUUAGGCUUUUUAAGUUUUUAUAUAGAUCCCAGAGAGCCGCAUAAUUUAUUUGUAAUAAAUGAAUUCAUAUUUGUGCCUACAAGUUAUAAAGCUUGGAUUCGCGUAUUGCAGUGCCUUGAAUUUUUUUUCUGUAAAAUAUUGCAAACUGGUCAUAUGAACUGUCAUUCCUUGAAACAUUUAUUUUAUAGAACCAGUGAACGGAAAUAAAACAUAUAGAAUGCAUUUCAAUUAGGUCGGGUAAACUUUACAGUCCACCCCGCCUCCCUUACUCUUAAUGAUUGGCCCAUGAUUGGCCCCUUCAACAAUAUAGUAAUUGGGCGUCCAGACGAGACAAUCAAAUUGUCAAUUUGAUCAGAAAUUUAAUUGGCGUCAAUCUCGUCAAACGUCCACACGUACACAAUUUAAUCACCAAUUUUAAAUUUAAGCUCGUCACAGACGUAGCGAUAACAUACCGACAGAUACCGUAAGAUACUGCAUCUUACGAUAUCUUUUACGUACUAUUUGACAGAGUCCACACACGAAGCUAUAAUAUAAUAUAUUUUGGUAUCUUAGGAUAUCUUAUAGCAGGCAUCUUAAGAUACCUUAAGAUGUUAUAUCUCGGUAUAUUACGAUAUAUUUAGGGAUAUUUCGUCUCUCUCACAAUGUAGGUGCUAGACAGAGAGCGAUAUAUAUUUUGGUAUCGUUGUCGUGUGUGGUGUUUAGCUAUACUCUAAGAUAUAGUUGGUCAAGUAAAUCUUGUCAAUAGAAAAAGGCGCGAAAUUCAGAUUUUCUAUAGGACGAUAUCCCUUCGCGCCUACAUUUUUUAAAUUUGCCGCCUUUUUCUACUGACAAGAUUUGCUUGACCAACUAUAUCUGCCAUUAUAUUAUCGCUCCGUCUGUGACGACCUUCAUGUGGACAUUCGAGCGCUCUAAAUAUAAAAAUAGUCCCACAAACGCGCAUACUGGUGUCGAAAAUUGGUAUUCACCUUCACUUGUUCAGUUAUAAUCUUACAAUCGAAGUGGGAUCGACGAACCAAUCUCAUUUUUGCGUCCAGACCACCUGAUUAAGUUGACAAAUUAAUCAGAUUGUGCGAAAAAUUUACCCGUCUGGACACCGCUUAAGGCUAAAGUGGUGACUUUCCUACAAACAUAGGGGCCAAUGCCUUCUUCAAAGGCCUAACCAUUGGAUAGUUUACCCUAUAGGCAUUUGCAUUGAGUACUGAUGAUACAGUGAAGAUAAUUCAGUUAUAGUUUUCUAGUCAUGUGUUGAGAUACUGUAGAUGGCAAACCGAAGCUUUUCUAAAUGUUAUGUAAGUGAAAUAUGUUUUAGGGCACAAAGUAACUGAAGUUCAUUUCUAAGCAAUUGUUAAAUUUAAUAAAGUUGCAGCUUUAAAUACAAAGAAUUAUGUAAGUAGUUGGCGAAACAAUAAAAUAUGCACGUACUAAUUUUAUAUUGAGAUGUCGUUUCUUGCGUUUAACAUAAUUGUCACAUUUAAGUUAAUGCUUGUCGUUAAUAUUAAUAAAUAGGUAUUUUUAUACAAUGA